CUGCAUGGAGCCCAUCCUGGGGGUCCCUGUCGUUGUCCUUUUUCUUAGAGUGUCUUUUCAUUCUGUUCUGCUAGAGUGUGAGCUCCUGGAGGACAAACAUUAAAAAUAUGUUCACAAAUGCCCCAUGAAAAGUGUCCAGGGUUGCAUCAGAGUUCACCCUGUGUCAUUUAUCACCAUAGUCACAGGGAAGACUGUGCUAAGGAAAAAUGCAGAUGUUGAUGAAGCAGGAAGUGCCAGGAAAGGGUACUCCUUUCUCUGCCAGCCCAGCCCUAUAGAAAGUGCUCUUGGUGUCACAGAGACUGGGUACAGGGUGUCUAAUAGAGCCUCGUCUCCACACCACAGCCCUCACCUGACGUUUUCUCUCACAGACACUCACUCUCUUUGCUACAACUUUACCACCACGUUGAAGUCCCCACCUGGACAGCGAUGGUGUGAAGUUCAAGGCCAAGUGGAUGAAAAGAUUUUUCUUCAUUAUGACUGUGGCAGCAACAAGGUCAUAACCUUAAGUCCCCUGGGGGCCAAGAUGUGUUGUGCGCGUAAAGCAGGCAGAAGCACCAGAGCAUCCUGGCAGUUUGGCUUUGACGGACAGAUAUUCCUCAUCCUUGACUCGGAAAACAUGACGUGGACAGAGGUGCACCCUGGAGUCAGAUCAAUGAAAGACGAGUGGAAGAAGGACAGGGAUGUGAGCGAGUUCUUCAGGAAAACCUCACAGGGCGACUGCAACGGAUGGCUUAAGGAGUUUUGGGGGCACUGGGAAAAAAUGCUGGCGCCAACAGCGCCACCACCCAUGGCCCCAGGCACAGCCCAAUCCAAGGCCGCAGCCAUCACACCGAGCCCUUGGAUCCUCCCCGUGACCCUCACCUGCUCAAUCCUACUUGGCAUCCAAGGCCGAGUCCUUUCGAGUGGCAGCUGGAAUGUGAGCCUCACAAGCUCCCCAGUGUACCUGCAGGAGCACAGCAUCAGAGGUGUAGGGGGCUUCUUCUUGUCCUGCCCCACAGCCUUCCGCUGCUCCGGCCCCUCUCUCCAUCCCUCCCUCGAGUCUCUCUUUUCCACUCACUCCGAGGUUUUCUCAGCCCUCUCGGCGUCCGUCCUCCGCAUUCGGCCGCCAGGCGGUCCGCGGCUGCAGGUUUACCCGCCUGUCCGAAGGCGCUGUGAGAAGUGGCGGCGGGCGGCGGGGCGGAGAAAGGAGGCGGCGGCAGCGUAA